AUGAUGAGUUGUUACUCUCCAAUCACAACAUGUUCUAGGAAUGCUAUCUAUAUCAAGAAGCAAUUAGGCACUCACCUCUCCGGCGUUGUGGCUCAAGGAUCAUACAGUUUCCGCUGUUACAGUCUUUUCUCAGGGAUUUCGAAAAGAGACCAUACCGGUUUUAAUGUAUCUGUCUCUAAUAGACCUUCUGGUUGGUCGGAUAAAAGACUCUGUGGGUCGGUAUUAAUCAAUCGAUCAACCGUUGGUGGUGGUCCUCCUAAAGGGAAGCUUGAAGUUUCUUUCUUGAGCCCCGAUGCGAAAAUGAAAUGCGAUGAGAUCAAAGCCAACAUGAGAAGUCUCUAUUGGUACUCAAGAUUUGCUUAUACAGGUGUAAUUGUUAGCCUGCUUGUUUGUUAUUCUUCAACUUCACAAUCAGCAUAUGCAGAAGCUUCAAGGGAUAAAGAUGAUGACAACAGCAACAACAAAGUGUAUAGCAAGUCUUGUGAUGGUAAAUUCCACAAUGGGAAAAGAGUCUACACAGAUUACUCCAUCAUUGGUAUACCUGGGGAUGGUAGAUGUUUGUUUCGUUCAGUGGCUCAUGGGUUUUGCUUACGCUCUGGAAAAUUGCCUCCAGGCGAGAAGAUACAGAGACGACUCGCUGAUGAAUUGCGUACUAGAGUUGCUGAUGAAUUCAUCAAUAGGAGACAGGAAACAGAAUGGUUUGUGGAAGGAGAUUUUGACACAUACGUCACACAGAUUCGGGAGCCACACGUGUGGGGAGGUGAACCUGAACUCUUCAUGGCUUCACACGUCCUCAAGAUGCCAAUCACAGUGUACAUGAAGGACGAGAAGGCUGGAGGAUUGAUAAGUAUCGCCGAGUAUGGUCAAGAAUACGGUAAAGAAGAUCCGAUCCAGGUCCUAUACCAUGGCUUUGGUCACUACGACGCCCUUUUGAUACACGACGAGAGUAAAGCUCCUUCUCCAAAAUCCAAACUUUAG